AUGGUCGUAUCAAGUUUCAGUGCAUCUGGCAAGCUAUACUUUCACCAACGCCACAGUCUCUUCCUCCACUACGCCUACGACAUCCGCCUUACCCCGUCAGCCUGGUUCGGCGUUACCCCAGAACCCAUCGCCCGUCGAAUCGCGGCCGACAUCCCCUCCCACUUAGGGUCUACCCCCUCCAAGGACACCAUCGUCGACCUGUUCGCCGGCGCGGGAGGGAACACCAUCGCGUUUGCCUUGGCAGAAAAAUGGGCCCGGAUUAUAGCGAUAGAAAAAGACCCCGCUACGCUGGCGUGCGCGCAGCAUAACGCGGCGGUCUACGGGGUCAGUGAGUGUAUUACGUGGGUUCUGGGGGAUAGUAUGGAGUACCUCUCUCGCUUACGCCGCGCCCGACUCGAGGGGAAACCCCCCGAGGAAGUGGGCGUGGAUGACAGAUUGUGGCUUGACCCAGCAAGGACGGUGUUAUUUGCGUCGCCGCCGUGGGGCGGGGUCGGGUAUCGCGAGCAGGAGGUGUUUGAUCUGGAGGGAAUGCAGCCGUAUGGAUUGAGAAUGUUGCAUGGGAUGUGUUGGGAGAUGGAGCAUGUACUUUAUUUGCCGAGGACAAGUGAUUUGAGGCAGAUUGCCGCGUUGGUGGGGGAUGGGGAAGACAGAAAGAUCGAGUGCGUGCAGUAUUGUAUGGAUGGAGCGAGUAAAGCGCUGGUAGCAUAUAUACCUGCCGAGAGGGGAGAUCAAGACCAAGAUGGGGGAGGGGGGAGGAGUGAUGAAUGA